AUGAGUGAUUUCCCCGUGCCCCGUAGCACCCUUGGGUCCCCUGCUCGUCUGUCACGCCUGUGUGCGCAGACAGCACCCAGUCAGCAGCACGGGGCCCUCUCCAAAGCGCUCGGCACCAUGGGAAAUCACCGUCUAACCGCAGAGUCAGAAGAGAGGGGAGGGGGAGGGGGAGACUGGAAGAGCCGGCAUGAAACGCGCAAGGGAAGAAAGAGCCUGAAAAAAGCCUCCAAAUCAGAGGCGAGUGAUAGCUGGGCGUUUGAACUCGCUAAUUGCUUGGCCACUCCGAUCGGCGGGCGCUUCUAUCCUGCAGAGCCAAAGCGCGACAUCACAAGCUAUCAAUCAGCCCCCCCCCCUCUCCCCUCUCCCCUGGGAACCCCCCUCCCCUCCCUCUCUCUCCCCUCCCUCUCUCUCCCCUCCCUCUCUCUCCCCUCCCUCUCUCUCCCCUCCCUCCCCUCCCUCUCUCUCCCCUCCCUCUCUCUCCCCUCCCCUCCCUCUCUCUCCCCUCCCUCUCUCUCCCCUCCCUCUCUCUCCCCUCCCCUCCCUCUCUCUCCCCUCCCCUCCCUCUCUCUCCCCUCCCCUCCCCUCUCUCUCCCCUCCCCUCCCUCUCUCUCCCCUCCCCUCCCCUCUCUCUCCCCUCCCUCUCUCUCCCCUCCCCUCCCUCUCUCUCCCCUCCCUCUCUCUCCUCCCUCUCUCUCCCCUCCCCUCCCUCUCUCUCCCCUCCCUCUCUCUCCCCUCUCCUCCCUCUCUCUCCCCUCCCCUCCCUCUCUCUCCCCUCCCCUCCCUCUCUCUCCCCUCCCCUCCCCUCCCUCUCUCCCCUCCCCUCCCUCUCUCUCCCCUCCCCUCCCUCUCUCUCCCCUCCCCUCUCCUCCCUCUCUCUCCCCUCCCCUCCCCUCUCUCUCCCCUCCCCUCCCCUCCCUCUCUCUCUCCUCCCUCUCUCUCCCCUCUCCUCCCUCUCUCUCCCCUCUCCUCCCCCUCUCUCUCCCCUCUCCUCCCUCUCUCUCCUCUCCCCUCCCUCUCUCUCCCCUCCCUCUCCUCUCUCUCUCUCCCCUCUCCUCUCUCUCUCUCCCCUCUCCUCCCUCUCUCUCCCCUCUCCUCCCUCUCUCUCCUCUCCCCUCCCUCUCUCUCCCCUCCCUCUCCUCUCUCUCUCUCCCCUCUCCUCUCUCUCUCUCCCCCUCUCCUCCCUCUCUCUCCCCUCCCCUCCCCUCCCUCUCUCUCCCCUCCCCUCCCUCUCUCUCCCCUCCCUCUCUCUCCCCUCCCCUCCCUCUCUCUCCCCUCCCCUCCCUCUCUCUCCCCUCCCUCUCUCUCCCUCUCCUCCCUCUCUCUCCCCUCCCCUCCCUCUCUCUCCCCUCUCCUCUCUCUCUCUCCCCUCUCCUCCCUCUCUCUCCCCUCUCCUCCCUCUCUCUCCUCUCCCCUCCCUCUCUCUCCCCUCCCUCUCCUCUCUCUCUCUCCCCUCUCCUCCCUCUCUCUCCCCUCCCCCUCCCUCUCUCUCCCCUCCCCUCCCCUCCCUCUCUCUCCCCUCCCCUCCCUCUCUCUCUCCUCCCUCUCUCUCCCUCUCCUCCCUCUCUCUCCCCUCCCCUCCCUCUCUCUCCCCCUCCCCUCCCCUCCCCUCCCUCUCUCUCCCCCCCCCUCUCCUCUCUCUCUCCUCCCUCUCUCUCCCCUCUCCUCCCUCUCUCUCCCCUCUCCUCCCUCUCUCUCCUCUCCCCUCCCUCUCUCUCCCCUCCCUCUCCUCUCUCUCUCUCCCCUCUCCUCUCUCUCUCUCCCCUCCCCUCCCUCUCUCUCUCUCCUCCUCCCUCUCUCUCCCCUCUCCUCCCUCUCUCUCCCCUCUCCUCCCUCUCUCUCCUCUCCCCUCCCUCUCUCUCCCCUCCCUCUCCUCUCUCUCUCUCCCCUCUCCUCUCUCUCUCUCCCCUCUCCUCCCUCUCUCUCCCCUCCGCAGAGCUGCCUCGUCACUGGCGCCCCCUCCUCUCACUGGUUGCCAGAUAG